AUGGAGGCUCAGGUGUUCAGGGCGCUUUUCUGUUUUUUCGUGUACACCGACUCGUUUCCUGACAUGACGAAAGAAGAUGGGGAAGAUGUCAUGGCCCAGCAUCUGCUCGUUGCGGCUGAUAGGUACAGCAUGGAGAGGCUCAAGCUGAUGUGCGAGGAGAAACUGUGCCAGUACAUUGAUGUCGGCUCGGUAGCAACCAUACUGGCGCUGGCCGAGCAGCACCACUGCCACGGGCUCAAGAAGGCGUGCUUCUGUUUUCUGAGCUCUCCUGAAAGGCUGAAAAUCGAAGGGCGUUUGUGGAGAGUGAAGGCUUUGAGCAUCUCAGCACAAGCUGCCCCUCUAUCACAAAGGAGUUGA